AGAGUCCAGCCCAGACAAGCAGAGAGAUGGGGAAAACAUGAACGCCAGACUCGAGGCUGUGGAACGUCAGCUUUUUGCAUUUAAAUCAACUCCAUUGGAGAGAAGAACCCCGUGCACAUGCACCCUUGCUGCAGGCUCCGACCUGAACAUAUCAAAUCGCCUGGAAGCUGUGACCGCCAGACUUGUGGCCAUGGAACGUCAGAUUGUGACAUUCAACUCUACACUCCAGGACAAGUCUGGUCAAACCAACAGAAUAUCGAGGAUCCACGUGUCUUUUGAGGUAACAACCAGCAUACCAAGGGUUUCUCUCUCCGGAAAUCAAUUCUUCAAGUUUGACACAGUAACUCUGAACAUUGGCGGAGGGUACCACGCCCCUACCGGCAUAUUUGAAGCUCCUGUGACCGGCACCUACCUGUUCUGGGCAAGCAUACUACCGUAUAAAGAAAACCAUGUCCACGUUAUGCUAUACAAGGAAGGGAGACGCUUAGCCCUCGCAGCCUCCCGUGUUGAGACAUCUGCGAGUUUAUCAUACAUUAUACAAGUCAAGCGAGGAGAAAAAGUGUGGUUUCAGACAGCUCACCAAACCACUGUCUUCGGACAUAGUCACUCCAGUUACGGUGGAACCUUGAUUCAUCAGAACUAACGCCAAAGUGACACUCUUAAGUCCAGAUUAAAUCUUAAUAAAGGAAAUA